AUGGAGGACGCGUCGUGCGGCUCUAGAAGGUCGCCGCGAGAUGCGGAUUCAGCGGGCAUCUACUGCCUCAGCCCUCAGGCGGAGAUUGGGCCGGCGCAGCACACACCAGUCGGCAGACUGCCGCCGUCGGCCGGCAUCAGUCGCGGCGAUCGCUUGGGCGCGCUGCAGGACGAUCUUGUCCUGCACGUGCUACCCUUCCUGCCCUCCCGCGAAGUGGUGCGCUCAGCCGUGAUCUCCCGUCGCUGGCGCCACCUCUGGAGGUCCACCCCGGUCGUCCGCGUCGCCGGCAGCGACGACCGCUUUCGCCUCUUCGUCAACAGCCUCUUGCUCCACCGCGACACCACCUUGCCGCUGCGUUCGUUCGAGAUCGAUGCCGACCUCACGACAGCCCGCGGGAAGGCCGUCGACCCUCACGUCGAACAGUGGAUCACGCACGCCGUGUCGUCGUGCCGUGCCCGCUCGCUCACCGCCCGCUUCCUAGACGAGGACACUAUGUGGUCGCCUCGGCACCGGCGACCGUUCGCCUCCCCGCACCUGACGACGAUGCACCUCCACUGCGUCAAGCUCGCAGAGGGCCUCCUCGACUUCUCCUGCUGCCCGGCGCUGCUGCACCUCCGCCUCACGGACUGCCGGUCUAUGUUGCAGGGAUACGUCCCAUAA